AUGGCAUCUAGGUGGAACAUUCAUUACAGCCGUCUCCCUGCCGAUGAAGACGAUGAUUAUGACGGUAGCGGUGGAAGACAAUACGAUCCUAAAUUUGACUAUACGCCAAGAAAAGUCCCACGGAAAUCCAUUGCGCUUGCAAAUUUCCUGCUCUUUCUCGGAUGUUUCCUCUCCUCAUUUCGAUAUUCAUCUACACAGGUCAUAUGGAAGGAGAUCGGCCACAAGCGUACGGCCAGUUACGGCUCCAGAAUCGAAUCACAGGCCGAAAGAAAAUAUGAGAUGAUAGACUUUGAAUUUUGGGAGGUCUUGUUUGAAUAUGCUACAAUUAGUGCAGUGGGACCUAUCCAUGGAUACCCUCGACGUCGAGAAGCAAAUCGUUUCCUCUCCUUUUAUACCGACGAUCCUUUCGACAACCGGUGGGAACUUAACGAUGAGCUCAUAUGUGGAACAUUCAUUACAGCCGUCUCCCUGCCGAUGAAGACGAUGAUUAUGACGGUAGUGGUGGAAGACAAUACGAUCCUAAAUUUGACUAUACGCCAAGAAAAGUCCCACGGAAAUCCAUUGCGCUUGCAAAUAUCCUGCUCUUUCUCGGAUGUUUCCUCUCCUCAUUUCGAUAUUCAUCUACACAGGUCAUAUGGAAGGAGAUCGGUCACAAGCGUACGGCCAGUUACGGCUCCAGAAUCGAAUCACAGGCCGAAAGAAAAUAAGAGAUGA